UAGUUGUCGAACUAGGAUGCAUCAAUUUUUAUCUUGUAGAAAUAAACAAAUACAUUAUUUAUUUUAGGAUACCUUAUAUAAUGGAAGUGUGAUAUAUUAUCGAGCAAUAUUAUGCUAGCAUAAAAUUUAAAAUGGUUGUAAACGCUCCAGAUUCUCCUAUCACAGCCGAAGUUAUAUUUGUUAUAGAGGCAACGUCGGCAAACAGCGCGUACAUUAAUGAAUUGAAAACUAAUUAUAUUAUUCCCACAUUAGAAUAUUUCCAUGGAGGGGCCUUAGAGGAAGGUGUGGGCAGUGGCUCUAUGUAUGGAAUAGUCACAUAUCAGUCUGCGGAUUGUGUCCCUGGCCUGCCAGUGUCCACAUAUGGACCUUUCACAUGUCCCCAGAAUGUUGUAGACACAGUUGAUAAAAUACAGUAUAUAGGAGGGCAUGCGGAGAGCAAAGCAUGUCUAACAGAAGCCCUCACAGCAGCAUUAUCAUGUUUAGAAGAAUUAGGACGCACGGACAUACCGCUUCAUGUUAUAUUGUUAUGUUGUUCACCACCAUACUCUGCUUAUGCGGGGGGCUUAGUGCCACUAGGUGCACCAGCAACAGUGGAACAAGCAGCAAGGCUAGUGGGUGAAAGAGGUGCUCAAUUGUCUGUGGCCGCUGCUCGAAGAAUACCAGCCCUUUUAGCGUUAUAUGAACAUGCGGGCGGUGAAUUGCAUGCAGCGCAGCAGAGGAAUUAUGCUAAGGAUCCACGCCAUCUAGUGCUUUUAAGAGGAUACAGUUUGAAAGAGCGUCCACCCAGUCCAGCGCCGCCGCCCGUUCCUGACAUACAGACUGAUGUAUAUGGUGGGCAAGGCCGCGGCGCAGUAGCCGGGCCCCGGGUCCCGGUCCCCACUGCGCAGUUCCCGCGCGCAGCCGUCCCCACUGUGCGCGCCAACUGGCUCAACUCGCCGCGCCAGACGCUCUACACCAACAACUCGGCGCUGCUCACACAGCUGGCGCAGCCCUCCUACCCGCCGCCGCCAUCGCAGCGUAUGAUCCAACCGGGUCCAUCGAACCCGGGCGUAGCACCCGCCUCUGCGAACGUGAACGUAGCAGGCGUCAGCGGCGUGUCCAACGUCGGUAACGUCAGCAACGUCAGCAAUGUCAGCAACGUCAGCAACGUCAGCAACGUGGGCGUCGGUCAGAUGCAGCGCACGUUCAUAUGGAGCGGAGUGUUGGAGUGGAUGGAGAAGGGCAAAGCGCCCGGUGAUCAGCAGAAGGUCACCAAGCAUUUGCCGUGCCAGGUAUCAGCGAACUCAAAGGACAUAGAGCCAGAGCUAAAAGUGGAUACAUGGCCGAACAAGCUCCUAAUGCAAUUGAUGCCAAAACAGCUAAUUAGCAACAUUGGUGGACAAUACUUGAAGGACAGCAAGUCGGUGCUGUUCCACUUGCAGCAGAAUGAAGCAUUGGAAGCCUUGACCAAGGUCAUGGUGAACGGGUUUGCUGGCUGCGUGCACUUCUCGCCAAUGCCGUCUCCACCACAAUGCGAUAUCAAAGUACUGAUUCUAUUGUACACACCUGAUAAAAAGGCAUAUUUAGGUUUUAUACCUAAUAACCAGGCUACGUUUGUAGAUCGAUUGAGAAAGGUGAUUCAACAACAAAAGAUGAAUAAACAAAUGCCGGCACCAGUAAGUGGUGCUACUGGUCUUCAACCAAAUAUGCCACCUUCCACUAUGCCCAGCGGUGGUAUGGGCAGUUCGGGCAUGUCACCCGGCAUGGGAAUGAACCCUGGAAUGUCCAAUCAGCAACACCCGCAACACGCACAGCACCCACAGAGCAUGAUGAUGGCUGGCGGUAUGGGCGGCCAAGUCUCCCAAGUUGGUCAAGUUGGCCAAGUCGGCCAAGUAGGUCAAGUCGGGCAGGUUGGCCAAGUGGGCCAAGUUGGCCAAGUGGGUGGUAAAGGCCCUCGACCAGUAAGCCAACUCGAUGGCCUUGAAGCGGCGAGGCAACAGAACUUGGAGAAGAUACAACAUUUGCAACAAACGUUGGAAGCAGCUCAUCAACAAGAAGCACAGUUUAAGUCGCAAAUGGACAUCAUGUCGCACCUACAUGCCGCACAGCAACAGGAGCAACAUUAUAAGCAGUUAGAGGAGCAACAACGCAAGCACCAAUUGCAACAACUGCAACAAAUCCGCGGUGCAGCCGGGCACCCGCCGCGGAUCAUGCCGCGCGGCAUCAUGCCCACCAACCCGGGGCUGCGGCAUCUGCUGCAGCAGCAACAGCAGCCGCCGCGCGGGCCCCGCCCACACAUGUGACGUCACGCACCGCAUAACAACCGCAGUACCGGCCUCAGGGAGGCUCAGUGCGACCCUCCUCACAGUCACAGCAAUUUGAUGACGUCAACAAUUAUAGUGAUUUCUUGUAGACAUUAAGAUUUGUAUGGAGGAUGAUAUUAUAAGUAAAAAGGUGUGGAUAUGUUACUUACAUUCGAUCUCCAAAAACGGUACACUAACGCACACACGAUUAGACGCUAAAGUGAGAUAGCAUGAAUAAGUGUCGUGAGCGAAAAAGAAACAACA